AUCCUACCAACACACACAGCUGUUCUAACGCGCGUGCUGUAGAAUUAUUUCUGUUUAGAGUAGCCCCAACAACCGUGCCAGCAGAGUGCGCCGACGUCGUAUUUGCGUCGUCAGCGCGGUACAAGCAGAAAGCAGAAACAUAAAAUCAUUUUCACUGCAUCCCCGGCGCUGCAAAGCGUCUGUGCUGGUUUGCUGCCGUGGGUAGGAUACAGUUCCGUUGAUUAUUUGAUAUGUGCAAAACAAAAAUUGUGUUAUUACGUGGUAUCCGCUACAGUUUAAACUUUCAACAUUGAGUUGCACAAAUCCUAUGUAACAUCUUCGCGAGUCGCAUUUUUCUAUCGUACACAGAACAAGAAUCGAAACGAUUCAGACAACCACAAUUACCCAUCCCAGUUUAUCAGCGGUCAUUCAUUCUUAAACAAAGCUGUGUUUCAGUCUAUCGUGUUUACCUCUGGAUGAUAGCUAUGGCUUGGCUAUAAUAUAUAAAUCGUAACAUAAGUGUGCUACGGUGUGUUUACGAGGCAAGCUGCUGCUUGCAUGGCGGUGGAGAUUGAAGCGUCGGCCGUAACGAAAAGUUUGUGUUAAGUUGUAAGCAAAGGUUUCUACUGUCUCCAUUCAUUUAGCAUCUUGAACAUCGUGACAACAUGUGUUCCCAGGGUGCAUCCGUACAGGGAGUGUUGGAAAAUCAACACACUGAUUUCGGGCAACGGUUCAACGAGAUGCGAAAAAAGAAACACCUAGUCGAUUGUUCAUUCAGCGUAGAUGAAGAUGUUUAUCAUUGCCACAAGCUUAUCCUGUCAGCCGCGAGCCCAGUUUUCGAAGCCAUGUUCUACGGGGCACUCGCCGAAAUGCAGACGGUACAAAUAGCGGAUAUCAAUUCCAGAGUUUUUGAGCGCAUGCUGGAUUACAUCUACGUUGGAGCAGUCGAUUUUGAUGGCAUACAAAACAUUGAGGAGCUGUUGGAACUGUAUUAUUGCGCAGAAAAGUACAUGAUUGAUAGCUUGCACGAAAAAUGCGUCAACUACUUCGGAAAAAACAUCAAACCAAACAACGUGCUGAAAAUAUUAGACAUAGCGUACAGGAUGAACUUGGACGAUAUUAUAUACUCAUGUAUGUGUGUGUUGAAACACUUUUUUUCAUCGGGAAUGAGCUUGAGUAACAUCAUCCUGGAAAGAAGCCAUCAUCUAUCGAAAAAUUGUGUCGAUCUGAUACUGGAAGAUAACUUUGAUGUUAAGGAUAAUAUAAUAUGUAUGAUACGUGCCUGGUGUAUUACGGAGUGCGAACAAAAUCGGUUAGAAAUCAACAGUGAUAGUAUGAAAACAGUUCUGCAAGAUAUUGAAUUACCCGAUACAUUGAAAGACACGAUUGUUGGAUGCAGUUUUACCAACUUUACACCUAUUGCAGGCGACAAUACAGGUUGGAUACCUGUACAUCGCAUCCAUUAUAAAGCAGUUAGUCCACUGAUUAUCGGGGAUGAGAUGGACUUCGAAGUCAAUAUUAGUACGAACCGAUUUAUCGUGAUAAAAUCGCUAAGCCUGAACAGUCGGCUUCUUCCGCAGCUAAAAGUAUCGGAAGUGCGACAGGAGACGUACACAGAAAAACUAACUGUUGAAAUUUCUUCUAAACAUAGCAAUGAUCGGAAGAAGAUCUAUCAUAAGGAACACCUUAUCUGUGAUGUUGCAUUCAAUGAUAGCCUGCAACUGAGCUUGACCGAACAAAUUGUCUUCUUUCCGGAUGUGAUAUACACUAUCCGUAUUAAAUGGGACCCAGAUAGUCUAGGCUACGAAUAUCCUCGCUCUAUCCUUUCUGCGUACGGCAAGUGCAAGCAGCUAAUGGUGAAUUUUAGUGAAAAUAUGUAUCUGCAAAAUUCCGGCAGCAUACUCAAUGGCAUAGUUUGCAACCUUUACAAGUGAAUUCUCCGCAAAGUAGCUAAUCUCCACUAGAUGGUCGCAUUUGAUACGCUAGUACUGAUAAUUAUAAUCAUAAAAAUGAUUCAAAUAAAACUGUAAACCAACGCACUUGGUUUUUGAAGCAUA